UUAUCCCAAUCCAAUCCACAAAUGUCGUUCUUGUUAGCAGCGGUGGCUCCGCCGUGUUUCGCCGUAAUUGAGUCCGCAGCGAGCCAGCCACGGCGGGGACGGAACUCGAAGAACACUCAAAAGAGUAAACAGAACGUGAAAACGACCAAGCCUUCCACCGCCGUCACCUCGACUACGAACAAUCCACCUGGCUUCGGCGGAAAGGGGAAAAAUCCUGUGUGGCAAUGCGUACAGAAUUGCGGAGCGUGCUGUAAACUUGAUAAGGGCCCCGACUUUCCUUCCCCUGAAGAAGUUUUCGAUGACCCUUCCGACAUUCAGUUGUACAAGAGCUUGGUGGGUUCAGAUGGUUGGUGCAUACACUAUGAGAAGAGCACAAGAAAGUGUUCUAUAUAUGCUGAGCGACCGUAUUUUUGUCGAGUGGAGCCAGAAAUUUUUGAGACACUGUAUGGAAUUGACAAGAAAAAGUUCAACAAGGAAGCUUGCAGCUGCUGCAUAGACACUAUCAAAGCAGUGUAUGGAUCAAGUUCAACAGAACUGGAUACUUUCAAUCAAGCAAUAUGGAAUACGACAACAUAGUGAAAUUUGAGUUUUAGCUUGAGGCUCUUGUCUUUCUCAUGCAGUGUGUCAAUUGCAGUCCUACACACUCAUGUUUACGACAGGAUGCUCUAUGAUGGGGUAGGUUGGUGCAUCAUCAGAAGUAUAUUGGAUUAUCGGUCAGGACUAUAUUUGCAAGAAAAACAAUGCAUGGCAGGUACAAUGAGUGCUAGGGAUGAGGGAUCAAAAAUUAACUCUAAAGCCCAAACGGAAAGGUUGGGAAGAAGAAUGAGCGGGGGGACUGAAUGUCUGAAUGUUCAACCUUUUGUUGCCAACUGUCAACUAUGUUAUGCUUAAUGUAAAGAGGGAAACACACCACAGGUUAGAAUAUGGGGCUUUAAUGAAGCAGCACAGAAUUGUAAUGCUUAGUCAGUUUAGACAUAUAAGUCACUAAUUGACUCUCAUCCUAUUGCAUUGUC